AUGCAAGACCAGCCAGAUGCAAGUUUUGCGACACCCCUCGUGAAAUUGGCUAACAUUCAGCUUACGCCCGAGAAGCCGACCUACGACGGUGGAAGCUGGCACGUCGAAGGGCAGCUCAACGAGCAUAUCUGCGCGACGGCCAUCUACUAUUACGACUGCGAUAACAUCACGGACAGUCAUCUUUCAUUCCGUCAACAGUCCGACUCAGACACCAUCGACAUGAACUACGAACAAGAGGACCAUGCCUGGCUUCCUGUCAUUUUCGGUUGCCAGAAUGAUGAACCCAGCGUCCAAGAACUUGGCGGCGUAUUGACGAAGGAAGGCCGUCUUACCACCUUCCCCAACGUCCUCCAACACCGCGUCCAACCCUUCCGUCUCGCCGACCCCACGAAGCCUGGACACCGCAAGAUUCUAGCGCUCUUCCUCGUCGACCCGCAUAUCCAGAUCAUCUCGACACAGAACGUCCCGUGUCAGAGGCGGGACUGGUGGAGCGAGGAGAUACGGAAGACGAAUAUCUUUGAGAAGCUGCCGGCAGAGGUGGGAAUGGAGAUUGAGAACAUGGUGGAAGAUUGGCCGAUUGGGAUGGAGGAGGCGAAGAAGAUGAGGGAGGAGUUGAUGGAUGAAAGGAAGGUUUUUGUGGAUAGUAACAACGACUGGUUUAGUUCGACUACCUUCUUUCUGUGCGAGCAUUAAUGUCAUCUAUCUUGUGUCAACUAUCUUCGAAUCUCUAU